GACUGGGCCGCGCUGGCUGAGCGCCAGGCGCAGGUGCGUCAGCAGGACCGGUUUGGUGAGAAGCCGGGGAAGGCGGUGUUGUGCUCCGGCCGCUAGGAGAGAUCACUGCGCGCUGCCACACUGCAACACAAGGAAGCGAUGUCCGAGGAGCCUGCUGCAAGAUAAUAACCUAGUUCCACGAAGAGUUUUCGCGCAGCGGCUGUGUUUGGACAGGAUGGCCACUCUGACAAGCGAGCGGAGAGCUUUUGCUCACAAGAUUAACAGGACGGUAGCUGCAGAGGUCAGGAAACAGGUAACUCGGGAGUAUGGCUCCCCUCAGCUCUCCAAAAAACGAAGUGGAGCCCAUCAGUCGGUGCCCCUUACGGAAGUGGUGGAGCCGGUCGACUAUGAGGAAUAUGUGAGCAGUCAUGCCCCCAUCCCUGAGCCUGGGCCUCUCAGACAGCUCCUGGAGUUCCCCUCUGACGACCUGGAGCUCAUACUGCAGGAGAGAGAGUGCACCACACUGGAACCAGCCCUGCCUGAGGAAGAUACACUGGAUCCGAGAGUGAGAGAUGCACUUGGGGUCUACACUGAUGACUGGCUCAUUAUCCAGAGAAAAUACCAGUGCUACAGUACUGUACAGAGUCCUCACAACACUGAGCGGCAAAGGGAGAAGCGGAGAGGCCUGGUUAAACAGACGUUUGAACUGGAUGAAGCUGCAGCCAUUGACCGCUCGGAUGACCAGGAUGACCUUAAGAGGAGGUCACUGUCUCUGGAUGACACACCGCGGGGCAGCUGGGCCUCCAGUAUCUUUGACCUGAAGAACUCCUCUGCAGAUGCCCUGCUGCCUUCUCUGCUGGAGCGCACAGCUGCCGAGGACAUGGACCACCGCAACACAGAGAGCCGCCAGCACGGGCGCCACCCUGACUUACUGGGGCUUUAUCCAGCACCAGAUGAGGAUGAGGCUGUGGAGAGGUGCUCGGUCCCUGAGGUACCCAAAGAACAUACAGGCCAGAGAAUCAUGGUCAAGUGUUUAUCUCUCAAGUUUGAAAUAGAAAUUGAACCAAUAUUUGGUACAGUGGCCCUGUAUGAUGUGAAGGAAAAGAAAAAGAUUUCAGAGACCUUUCAUUUUGACCUGAACUCAGACCAAAUAAAGAACAUGCUACGCCCCCACAACCCCCACACUGCUAUCUCCACCCUCGCCCGCUCUGCCAUCUUCUCCAUCACAGACCCCUCUCCUGACAUCUUCCUGGUUAUCAAGCUGGAGAAGGUCCUGCAGCAGGGAGAUAUAGGAGAGUGCUGUGAGCCCUAUAUGGUCAUAAAGGAUUCAGAUUCAGUUAAGCACAAGGAGAAACUUGAGAAACUGAGGGCCCAGGCAGAGCAGUCAUGCAGUCGUCUCGGUCGCUUCCGAAUGCCCUUUGCCUGGACGGCCAUCCACCUUUUCAACAUCAUCAGCAGCGUAGGGGGGCUGGAGCGCUCUGACUCAGACUCAGACACAGAGCGCAAGGGCACGUGGACCGAAAGGAAGAAGAAGGGAUUCGAGCGGAUGAGUGUUGGGGAGGACAUGUGUAACUUGACUAACUUCCGGCCGGCCACGCUAACCGUCACCAACUUCUUUAAACAGGAAGGGGACAGGCUGAGUGAUGAGGACCUGUAUAAAUUUUUAGCUGACAUGAGAAGACCGUCCUCUGUGCUGCGCCGACUCAGACCUGUCACAGCUCAGUUAAAGAUUGACAUUUCUCCAGCACCCGAGGUUCCUCACUACUGUCUUUCUCCUGAGCUGCUCCAUGUGAAGCCCUACCCUGACCUGCGUGUACGUCCCACCAAGGAGGUGCUGGAGUUUCCUGCACGCUAUGUUUAUACUCCUCACACCACCUAUAGGAAUCUGCUGUAUGUAUAUCCUCAGAGUCUUAACUUCAGCAGUAGACAGGGUUCUGUACGGAACAUUGCUGUAAAGGUGCAGUUCAUGGCAGGAGAGGACCCCACCCAAGCCAUGCCUGUCAUAUUUGGAAAAUCCAGUUGUGCAGAGUUCUACAAAGAGGCAUACACACCAGUGAUCUACCAUGACAAGUCCCCUGAAUUCUAUGAGGAGGUGAAGAUGAAAAUUCCUGCUAACCUCACGGACAACCACCACCUGCUGUUCACCUUCUACCACAUCAGUUGUCAACCCAAACAGAACACAGCGCUCGAGACACCUGUGGGCUACACUUGGAUUCCUCUGAUGCAGCAUGGCCGCCUGCGCACAGGAUCCUUCAGCCUGCCUGUGUCUGUGGAGAAACCUCCAGCCAGCUACUCUGUCCUCACCCCUGAUGUACAGCUUCCAGGAAUGAAGUGGGUGGACAAUCACAAAGCAGUGUUCAACGUGGAGGUGACAGCUGUUUCCUCUGUCCACACUCAGGACCCAUACCUGGAUAAGUUCUUCACCCUGGUGUAUGUCUUAGAGGAGUACUCUUUCCCGUUCCGACUGAAGGAUGUGAUCAUCACCGAGGCCAAUGUGGAGGCUGAACUGAAAGCCACCAUGGCAGCCCUGAAGGGAGCACUGUUAGAUACCUGUGUGCGCUUCCUGCACCAGCUUCUGAACAAACUCAUCCUUCUCAUCGUCCACCCUCCUGUCAUCGCCGGCCAGAUUGUUAACUUGGGCCGUGCAGCCUUCGAGGCUAUGGCUCUCCUGGUCAACCAAAUUCAUAAGAAUCUGGAAGGGAACCAAGAUCAGCAUGGUCGCAACAGUCUUUUGGCCUCUUAUAUCCACUACUGCUUCCAUCUGCCUACCACUGAGCCUGUGUCACCCCCUACUGUGAGUGGAUCUUCUUAUGAGCUUCCUAUCCAAUAUGCAACACUGUCCCGGGCAACUGCCCGCCCCAGCAGUCUGCUCCUUUCCCGCUCCAAGAGCAUCAGCAACUCUAACCCCGACCUGGCAUCCACACCUACCUCGCCUGAUGAUGAAGUACAAAGGAUCAUUGGCAGCAAGGGAAUAGACCGCUCUCACUCCUGGGUAAACUCUGCUUACGCUCCAGGGGGCUCCAGAGCUGUGCUCCGUCGGAACCCCAACUCCAGCUGUGAGCUUAAGCAGCAGGCCAGUGAACGGGCUGCUAACCGCAUGUCGGCGUUCAUCGAGAGCACCUCCUUACUCGCACCACCCUUGAAACACAUGCCCAGGAAGUUGUUGCAUGAGGAACUGGCUCUGCAGUGGGUGGUGAGUACCAGCACAGUGAGAGAGGCAGCGCUGCAGCAAGCCUGGUUUUUCUUCCAGCUUAUGGUGAAGAGUAUGGCUCAUCACCUUUUCCUUACUUCCAAGCUGGACGUGCCAAGACGUCAGCGUUUUCCUGACCGUUUUGUGGAUGACAUUGCUGCCUUGGUAUGCGCCAUCAGUGCAGAUAUAGCCAGCAGACACCACAAGGAUGUCGAGCUUGUGGAAAGAUUAAACAGCAGCCUGGCCUUCUUCCUCAAUGAUCUGCUGUCUCUCCUUGACCGGGGAUUUGUGUUUAACCUCAUCCGCACCUACUACAAACAGAUUUCCAAUAAACUGCAUACAACGCAGAACCCAAGCUCUCUCAUGGCUCUGAGGCUGGACUUCAUGCGUAUAGUAUGCAGUCAUGAGCACUACGUCACUCUCAACCUGCCUUGUGCCACCUUCAGCCCUCCAUCUUCUCCAUCACCUUCAACCUCCUCCACCACCUCACAGAGUUCAGCAUUCUCAUGUCCAGUGCAGGACCAGGGUGUAGUCAGUAUGUUCGAGCUGUCAGUGCCCUUUCGCCAGCAGCAUUUCCUGUCUGGCUUACUGCUGUCUGAGCUCGCCCUUAUCCUGGAACCUGAAGGAGAAGGCAGCGUGUUCUUCCUACACAAGAAGGCGAUCAGCGCGGUGCACUCUCUCCUCUGCAGUCAUGAUGCAGACCCACGCUACACUGACCCCCAGGUCCGAGCCCAUAUUGCUCAGCUCUAUCUGCCACUCAUUCCUAUUGUCAUGGAGACACUAUCCCAACUCCAUGAUUUCACCGACCCCUCACCUCAGCGUGUACGGCACGCUUCUGCAGUCUUCGAUGAUGGUGAUCCAGAGAACAGCACCAUUAGUUCGUCUGUUGCUAUGGCAAUAGCCGGCUCGCCUCUACCAUAUUCCAAAGCGAGUCCCUUCACGCUGUCCUCACUGGCGGGUCGUCAGUGCAGCACUCUCUCCGCUGAGUGCAGCAGGACUCUGCUGGUGUGUGUUCUGUGGGUGUUGAAGAAUGCUGAUGCAGCCUUGCUGGAGCGCUGGCUCUCAGAACUGUCUGUGCUGCAUAUCAACCGACUGCUUGACCUUCUCCACCUCACCAUCUCCUGCUUUGAGUACAAGGGGAGGAAGGCUCUGGAGCGGAUCAACAGUCUGACGUUUAAGAAGUCUCAGGACAUGAAAGCCCGUCUGGAGGAAGCCAUACUAGGCACUAUUGGCGCCCGUCAGGAGAUGGUCCGCCGCUGUCGAGAAAGGAGCCCUUACGGUGGCCAGGAGAAUGUACGAUGGAGGAAGAAUGUCACUCACUGGAGACAGAAUACAGACAGAGUUGACAAGACAAAAGCAGAGAUGGAGCAGGAGUCAGUGGUGGAUGGAAACUUGGCAACUGAAGCUUCCUUAAUAGUCUUGGACACUCUGGAGAUCAUUGUCAAAACGGUGGUGCUGUCUGAGCAGAAGGAGAGUGUGCUGGGCGGAGUGCUGAGAGUACUUCUCCACAGCAUGGCUGGCAACCAGAGUGCCCUUUUUCUGCAACACUGCUUUACUACGCAGAGAGCUCUGGUCUUCAAGUUCCCGGAGAUGCUUUUUGAGGAGGACACAGAGCUGUGUGCUGAUCUGUGUCUGCGUUUACUGCGUCACUGCAGCAGCAGUAUCGGCUCCGUACGCAGUCAUGCCAGCGCUUCCCUCUACUUGCUCAUGAGACAGAACUAUGAGAUUGGCAAUAACUUUGCACGAGUGAAGAUGCAGGUUACCAUGUCUCUAUCAUCACUGGUGGGCACCUCCCAAAACUUCAACGAAGAACACCUGCGCCGCUCCCUCAAGACCAUUCUCACCUAUGCAGAGGAAGAUCUGGAGCUUCGAGACUCACCCUUCCCAGAGCAGGUCCAGGACCUUGUGUUCAACCUGCACAUGAUUCUCACUGACACAGUGAAGAUGAAAGAGCAUCAGCAGGACCCUGAGAUGCUGCUUGACCUCAUGUACAGGAUUGCCAAGGGCUAUCAGAACUCUCCAGACUUGCGUCUCACCUGGCUACAGAACAUGGCCGGAAAGCACUCAGAGAGAGGAAACCACGCUGAAGCUGCUCACUGCCUGGUCCACAGUGCCGCCCUCGUAGCAGAGUACCUCAAUAUGCUGGAGGACUGUCGCUAUCUCCCCAUUGGCUGUGUCUCCUUCCAGAGUAUCUCCUCUAACGUGCUGGAAGAGUCUGCUGUAUCUGACGACAUCUUGUCCCCAGAGGAAGAGGGCAUCUGUGCAGGGAAAUAUUUCAGCGAGGUUGGACUGGUGGGGUUGCUGGAACAAGCAGCAGCCUCCUUUAACAUGGCUGGUAUGUAUGAAGCCAUAAAUGAAGUCUAUAAGAUUCUCUGCCCCAUCCAUGAGGCCAAUAGAGACUUUAAGAAGCUGGCCUCCAUCCAUGGCAAGCUGCAGGAUGCCUUCAACAAAAUCUACAAUCAGAGUUCAGGAUGGGAGAGGAUGUUUGGGACAUAUUUCCGCGUGGGUUUUUAUGGCUGCCGCUUUGGCGACCUAGAUGACCAGGAGUUUGUGUAUAAGGAGCCUUCUAUCACAAAACUGGCUGAGAUUUCACACAGGCUGGAGGAGUUCUACUCAGAGCGCUUUGGUGAUGAUGUCGUGGAGAUUAUCAAGGACUCCAACCCUGUGGACAAGAACAAGCUGGACCCCAACAAGGCAUACCUACAAAUUACGUAUGUGGAGCCCUUCUUCGACACAUAUGAGCUGAAGGAGCGUAUCACAUAUUUCGACAAGAACUACAACCUGCGCAUGUUCAUGUACUGCACACCGUUUACACUAGAUGGCCGUGCGCAUGGUGACCUGCACGAGCAGUACAAAAGGAAAACCAUCCUCACCACCUCACAUGCUUUCCCUUACAUCAAGACCCGCAUCAAUGUCAACCAAAAGGAGGAGAUAAUUCUUGUUCCAAUUGAAGUGGCUAUUGAGGACAUGCAGAAGAAGACUCAAGAGCUGGCCUUUGCCACACACCAGGAUCCUGCAGACUCCAAGAUGCUGCAGAUGGUGCUUCAGGGCUGUGUGGGCACCACUGUUAACCAGGGUCCUCUUGAGGUGGCCCAGGUAUUCUUGUCUGAAAUUCCAGAAGACCCAAAACUCUUCCGACAUCAUAACAAACUGCGUCUUUGCUUCAAGGACUUCAUGAAGAGAUGUGAGGAUGCUCUGAGGAAGAAUAAGGCUCUGAUUGGACCGGACCAGAAGGAGUACCAUAGGGAACUAGAGAGGAACUACAGUAAGCUGAAGGAGGCUCUGUGCCCCCUCAUUAACCGCAAGAUCCCCCAACUCUAUCGAGCCAUACAGCAACUGCCUACCACACCUACACAUAGGAAUUCCCUUAGCAGGUCCAGCUUUCGGCGGACAGACUGCUAAAUAGCACCAGAGGAGAAGUGGGGCCAACCCCUCGCCCAGGUUCCAGACUGCCUUCUCCUACGCUGGGCAAUGAGCUCUCUGCUGUUCUCUCAGACAAGUUCAACUUAUGUUUACUCCAAAGGGUUAUCUAUGGUAUAAACACAGCCUUGUUGGCUCUCCAGAGGCAGGGCAGUGAUGGCUCAGGCAGUGUCUAGGGACUCGCUUCAAAAAUGAGCCCUCUUCAAGCUGACUGGUGGUAAUUUUAGGUUUCGCUCAACAUGGGAAUCUAAAUAGUCUGCUGCACUUCCUUCUUUUCUUGUGUUUGUGUGUGUGUGUGUGUGUGUGUGUGUGUGUGCGCGUGUGUGUGUGUGUACACUUCUGUGUGAGAGAGAUGAGUCAAGAGCCCUGUAGUAUGGGGUAAGUAACUGCUUGCACUUUGUGAAUCUGAGCCCAACCAAAGCUUUAAUGUUUCACCACCAUGUCCCAAGAUAACAUUUAUCUUUUGCAAAAUGUUUAAACAUGUUACUUCUCUCCCUUGGCUCUGGGAGUGAGGAUGAUAACUACUUAAAACCUCCUCCUCUAGCCCUAAGAGGCUUGGCUCAAAUUGUUGGACUUUUUUGUUGCCGAUGGCUACAGAAGACACAGAGAAACCUGGAUUUGGGGGCAUCAUAUAGAAGAAUAAAACUGAUCUAAAAUUAGCUCUGAUACUGCACUGUUAAGAAUUUACACUGCCACUUGUUCAUAGAUCUGCACUCACUCAAGUACAUUCAUGAGUUUGUUUUUGUUUGUUUGUUUAAAGAUAUUUAAUGCACAAAAGUGUAAUGUCACUUUCUGUAUAAGAGCAAGUGUAAGUGGAGACAGAAGAAACAUCACACGUUGGUGAAAAGCUGCAGGGGGUGGCUUGCUCUUCAUUAAACUACUGUUAGUCUUUAAAUUCACUUAGCUAAUGGAAUUUUAAUGUUAAUAUGAUGUCUUCUGUUUAUUACUGCUACUGUCCAAAUACUGUGCAAAAUACUGGCCUAAAAUUGCUGAUAAUUUUUUUUUAUUUCUGUACAUUUCUCUUUUUUUUACUAAUUGUAUUAAAUUUCUUAAUCCAUA